AUGGAGGGUCCACGGUCGACCAAUUCCUCUCCCUCCAGGAAACGACUGAAAGAGCCGGUCCUCGAUCCAUUAGACCAGGCAGGAUUCGUUUCUAAGGGAGAUACCGUGUUGCUGGACGUGAAGGCGCAGUUUGCAUAUUACGAGAGAAUCAUGGAGCGGUACUUGAAAUUCUGCAACGACUACUCAAGUGACAUUGAUGCGGCCUUUGACUCCCUUCCCAAAUAUCCGUCCGAAGAUGCAACUAAGAAUCCGCCAGUCGCCAAUGCUCCUGUCGCUAAUCAAGGGUCUCAAUCUGGCCAGACACAAAACAAGUCCACUCGACCUGAGACCUUGGCCGAUUCAGCAUCAAAGGACCUCAGCGUGCUACUCCUAUCACUCCGCAAAUUGCGAGAAGGCGUCGUUGCAACCGCGUCCAAGACCCCCUUAGAGUUUGCACAGAAAGUCCACAUAUUCUGCAUUCGAAUGGGUAUCCUCUCGGGACACCCUCCGUCAUAUUUUCCUCCGCUGAAGCGUUUGAUUGAGGAGCUAAACGAACCGUCGAGCGCUCUGAGUGAAUCUGAUUUGCACGAGUUUACCUCCUACCUCAUUCUCGACUAUGCCUGCCGGCGGUUUGACUGGGAGCUUGUGUUUGAACUCCGCACAAAGUCUAGAAACGCCUUUGGAUAUUAUAACCGCACUGUCGAUAACGUCAUUUCUGCCAUUCUCCAUGCCAAUUGGGUACUCUAUUGGAGAGCCGGAAGGAAUGUGGAUGGGUAUACGAGGUCGCUGAUGAGCUGGUCUGACCCUUAUGUGCGACGGAGAGCUCUCAAGGCUAUCGCGAAAACCUACUUGUGGGCGGACAUACGGUUUAUCAUCGAAUGUUGUACGGGUUCACCAGACGGCUGCACGUGGGAGGAGUUGGUUGAGAUGGAAGGCAUCGGAUGGAGGAGAGAAGGGGAUAGAGCCAUAAUCCGGAUUAGGAAACCCAAGGCCGCGUGA